AAAAAUUCGAAUCAUAGUACAAUAAAAUCCUAUCUAGAAAGGAGACUAUGAUUUUAUAUUACUUUACACGUUAAAAAUUCUGAACAAGAUUUCUUCAAGGCCAAUGAAUGCCAAAGGCUCUUGCAAACGAGAACCCUUUUUUAGGAUGAUUCAUUCAACAAGCAAAAUUGCUUGUUCGUUGUCCAUAAUAUACGAGUGGAAUUUUUUGCCAUACGGAAUAUGAUAGCAUUUAACAUUUUUGAUGGUAUUUUUCACUUUCUAUUUUCCUUUCUUCCAUCAUUAAAAGUACAAAUGAAUUUAUUCGAAAACGAUAAUUCGAAACAGCAUGUGGAAUACAAAAUUUUCUAACAAAACUAAAUCACCGACGCAUAAAAAAUUAUUAUCGUUAGAGAAUAUUCGAUCGCCAAUAAUUUAUUGUGGCUCCUGGAGAUCUAGAAUGCUCGAUAAAGUGAAAGAAUGCCGUGAUGCUAUUAAGAAUAUGAUGACCUUCGACAAGCUGACAAAUACCUAUGAAACUACACACAUAGUCGGUAAAACUCCGAUAAUUCCGAGAGCAGCUACUUCUAUGUCCUCGAUACCGGAUGUUAUUACAUUUAGUGGCAUUGCAUUGAAACAUAAAGAAUACGAAGACAUACCGAUUCUAAUGAGAGAUUCCAUACUGAAUUCGAAUAAAAAAGAGAAAGAAAACACUAUUGUGGAACAAAUUGAUCAAACUAACAAUACAAACAAUUCGUUGAAACGUUUCGUUUCAGUAGAUAAUAUGCUCAGCAAUUCGUUGAAAUCAUUCAUAAUAUUGGAAAAACAGAUAAAAGAAGAAUUUUUGCAAGAGGACGAUGUUUUCACGACGAAAAAAAAAAUUUCUGCAGAACCAUUUCUUUCUUAUGUGGAAGGAAAUGCAGAAUUCAUUUGGCCAGAUGAUACAAUUGAGAGUUCUUCCGGAAAUGCUUGGAACUCCCUGGAACAUUUAAAUUCGUCCGAUAUCAGAUUUGGAAAUCCACGUACAAAUUCCACUUUUUAUGAAGAUAUUUAUGUGAAUAGAAAUCGUACAUCUUCCCCAAUUCGAAAUCAUCAUUUUCAGGAUUCUGGUUUUGAAAAUAAUUUCUCGAUAUAAAUCAGUUCUAUUUUCAAUUUUUUCUCUCCAUUCCUGUUUUUAUUCUUUUUUAUACUUCUUAUUUAUAACUUUUUGUAACUCUUCAUAUUUGAAUCAAUAAAAUUUGUUCUAACGAAUACAAUUUAUUAUGUAUUCCUUCGAUAAAUUCGAACCGAAUCCAUUUCUAAGAUUCUAUUGACUAAAUGUAAA